AUGGCUGUCAUUCAUGAGGUUUUGCUUUUCCCUUCUUCUAUCAGCAUUACCACCACCGAGCCGGCCGAGGCAUGUUUCAACCGCCUGUUUUCUUGUCAUGUUCUAUUUGUCGUUGAGAGUAUGACAUUGCUAGCGGUUGAUUGUCUGAAGAACCGUACCACCAAGCCUUCUUUUUUUUCAAACUACUUCAACCAAUCUAAUGACCAAGAAGCAGACGAAAUUGGCCAGGAUCUGGAUCCCAAUAUGCUCAAAGAGGUCACGGCCUUCUCUGUUGGCGAUUCCAUCUAUUCCUUAUCCAUACUUUCCUCGGACACUCGAACAAAGCCGCAAACUGUUUUCUACGACAACAUCUCUGACACCAAAGGCACCUCCAUCGUCCGUACAUUUGGAAACAUGGGAAAACAUGGCAUCUCUAUCCUAAUUUAG